UACAUUUGGUACAAUUGAAACUAAUCGAGACAGUUUGCACAAUUUUUCAGUCAAAUCCAUCAUCGGUGUUGAUAGUCAUUCUGCAACCAUUCAUUCGUUUUCCUGUUAUUCCGAUAUGUUCGCAAUCUUAAACUAACAUCGAUGUCGCUGAUAAAGAUCAUUUUUUCCUGGAGGAUGAGAAAUUCCGUAUUAAUUAGGAUUUUGAACAGAUAUUCAUGGCAAUUGAAUGGCAUGAAAAUGAAACAGUUAAGACAUUAAACUAAAAAGGUGACGCAUAAACAGUUGUCUCGGGUUGUAAUGUUGGUUUGUUUAUGGUAACCGUAUUGAAGGAAUUCCGGAAAAAUUAUUAACAUUUUCCUUGUUAUCCCUGAAAAGAGAUGAUUCAAUGAAGAAUGAUGAUUCAGAUGACAAAAGGAGCUUUUAAAUCUCCGAUGAGUAUAUUAUUUAUUCAUUUUAUUUAAUUAAAUCAAUCUUAUCAAAUGAACCUAGCGAGUUGCAACCAUCAAAACAAAUCACUGAUUAGUAACUAUCAAGUUGAAUAAAGACUGAAGACAAAUCUCUUUUGUUUUCGAUUAAUUGUAAUGAAUUGUCACAAUUGUAACUAAUUGUAAUAUUAUUCAUAUUUAUCCAGCUAAAUCUAAUCUAAUUUUACCAGCUCAGUCAAAGCAUAUAAAUCAUCAGAUGGUUAACCAGAAAAUAAAUACUUUACCUUUUGCUUUCGAUUAAAUCACUUGAAUUUUUCAUUCUUUUUUCAGUUUCACUCCUUGUCAAUCUCAGACUCAACUCAACAUGGAUUCAAAAUCUGGUUACCCUCAGUUUUCAGCCUCAGCUCCAGCACCAGCACCAGACUUUGGACCACCACCUCCAUAUCAAGUUGAAAACCAUCCACCAUUAACAACUAACCAACGCGCCCCUCUAAUUUCAUCAAGUAUUAAUGACACUCCAGUCCAUUAUGAACAUCCGAUUCAAACACCAAAGCCAAUUUAUGGACCUUACGCUCAAACUGAUUACUGUCCUCGCUGUAAACAAACCAUCGCCACAAGGACUGCAUAUAAGGUUGGAUUUGUAACAUGGGUGGCUUCAGCGGCUUGUAUCUUAGUGGGUGGUUUCCUCGGUUGCUGUUUGAUUCCCUGCUGCACCGAUUUCACUCGAGAUGUUGAACAUUAUUGCCCCAAUUGUCACUUAAAGCUUGGAUUACAUCAAAGAAUAUAAUAUCAACAGUUGUUGAUUAGUUUGAAGAGCUGCAAUAAUCAAAGUGUUUUUGUUACUUCUGGCUUCGAUUUUUCAUUUUUAACUCUCAAUAUUUUCUGGUAAACCAGAUGUUUAGUUUUUUGAUUGAAAUCUGACAAUUUUUAAACAGAUUCAGCUCAGAUGAUGAAAUUGCUUGAUUUCUUUCUAAUCUUGAUUAUCUCAACUAUCUUCAUGAUUUAUUGCCAUCCUUUACUUUCAAUACUCAAUUAAAAUCAUAAACAAUAAUUUUUAUCCUUUUCAACAAAACAA